ACUGUGCCCUUCCAGAAAGAGGUCCUUGAUACUCCGUACGGAGGUCCCCUAGGAAGUACUGUGAACUAACCUGUUACCUAACGUGGUUGAUGGACUUCUAUCUUGGCGACAAGCCUUCAAACCAGCUGGACCAACGAUAACACAGCCGAUUCACCUAGUCAUUGUUACUUACUCUGCGUUUCUUGACAUUUUCCACUGUGCCGAUUUUCUGUCGGCGCAAAAAUCGACCGGGUAUCUUAAGUCAAUGGCUUCCUCCAUCUUUCCUUCGGCCGAUGAAGUUCAAAAGCAGAUCAAAGCACUCAGCGAUGCUGCCAGCAGCUAUGAUGCAUCGCCAGAGGGCCACGGUUCCAGGAUGAGGCUAAUUGGUCAAGCACAGGAGCUUAUCGCUUCUUUGACGGAUCCCUCCGACAUGGGCUUCAAGCAGAUCGGCCAGGCAAUGGAGCUUGUGGCAACCCGGGCAUUACUGCACAUCAAGGCCUUUCAACAUAUCCCACCCCAAGGAUCAAUAUCAUUGAGUGACCUGGCUGAAGCAACGAAAUGUCAGGAGGCAGUCCUCGAACGACUUCUGCGAAUGCUCGUAUGUACUGGCUUUGUUCGGCAGCUGCCCGACGGCCAAUAUGCCCAUACCAAAUUCUCACGUGCAUAUGCUGCCAUGCCGGGGCCAGGUCUAUAUUUCCAGCUCAUCUACGACGAAAGUUUCCUAAAUAUCGACAACAUCCACCUAUAUUUUGACGAAAAGGGCUGGAAAGAGCCUGUUGACCAACGUUACAGCCCGUAUGCUUGGAAAGCCGGCCAAGAAGGCACGACGAUCUGGGAAAUCAUGGCCCAAAACCCUGCGCGGUUCAAAGCUUUCCAAGCCGGCAUUGGAUUCGCAAGCGCCUCGGUCCCCUUGACAGGAUUCUAUAACUUCAGUGCCCUGAACACCACCGAGGCUGAUCGACCCGUGCUGGUGGAUGUAGGCGGAGGAAACGGACGCUCCAUCAUGCGGAUCCUGCAGGCUCACCCCGAUCUCCCGGCGCACAAGUUCGUCCUCCAGGAUCUUCCCGAGGUCGUGGAACAGGUCGAACAAGAGCUGCCGAAAGAGGUCAAGGUGAUGGCACACGACUUCUUCACGCCGCAACCCGUCAAAGGCGCGAAAGCAUAUUUCUUCCGCUGGAUCAUGCACGAUUACUCCGACCCUGUGUGCAUCGACAUCCUCAAGCAGAUUGUGCCCGCCAUGGCACCUGACUCUGUCAUUCUUACAGCUGAUUUGUUUUUCCCAAGCAAGAUCGCUGGCCCCGCCGAUAUCCCGAAUGCCACCAUGGACAUGGUGAUCUUCAACAUGGCCGGCAAGGAGCGAGCCGAGGCUGAUUUCAAGAAGGUCUUCGAAGCUGCUGGUCUCGAGUUUGUAAAAUCGCAUCGGUUGGAAGGAGCGAGUAGUGGGAUCUUAGAAGCCAGGUUGCCUACAGCCAAGUGAAGAUUCUAUGGCUUCCCUUCGGCGGUUGAUCACAUCCCAAUUGCCAUCUCGAAUGCGGAACACGAGUCGGCACCCAAUGACUGCGUGGAAAUUGUCCUUUUGCCUCAGACUUCUUCGUUGCUUCCGGCGUCAGAAUGCAUAGGGCGAAGAGACGAAUCGAACCAUUUGCAUUAAUCCAGUUGCCGCUUCCCAGUCCUAAGUGGUUGUCGGCAUUAUGUGCUACAGAUCAGACACAAUCCCUUUGAGGAACCAUACCGUGUCACCGUCUUCUCCGCCCUACAGCGUAAGCAUACCGAU